AUGUUGCUCGCCAGUCUGCUGACAAGACCGGCCCACUCAAUUAUCAACCAAUCGUUUGACUCCCGGCUCCGGGUCGACCACAUGCCCGUCAACGGCGACGGGUUCGGCGUGGGAUACUACACCCCAGACGAGGAGUCAGACAAGACGGUUUCGGGCACUCCUUGUGUGUACAAGGCGAUCACGCCGGCCUGGAACAACCAGAACCUGCAGAAGCUGGCCGAGAAAACAAAGUCGAAGCUAAUUUUUGCCCACGUGAGAGCGUCCACAUACGGCGUCCUCAGCGAGACAAAUUGCCAUCCGUUCACAUACCACCGGCUCAUGUUCAUGCACAACGGCGGGAUCUCCGAUUUUGGCAAGAUCAAGCGACUGCUCAUCCAGCACAUCGAGGACGAGUUCUUCCUUACGAUCCAGGGCUCUACCGACUCUGAAUGCUCGUUUGCCUUGUUUUUAGACUGUUUAUACAAGCUGGGGUACGACCCCAAGGAAGAGAAGCCGAUCCCGCAUUCCGCCCUCAGACAGGCUCUCGAAACCACCAUCCAGCUGAUCAAGGAGUGGGUCAAACAGGUGAACCCAACACAACCGGCCGAGCCGUCGCUCCUCAACUUCGCCGUCACCGACGGCGAAUCGAUCUGUGUUUCGCGGUACGUGAGCUCCAAAACUGACGAGGCAGCCUCGCUGUAUUUCUCCACGGGCUCCCGGUUCAUCGAGGUCGAGCCUUCCAGGUACAAAAUGGAACGGCUCGACCGGUCGCAGGAUAUCAUUAUGAUCGCCUCAGAACCGCUCACGUUCGAGAGAGGCGACUGGAUCUCUGUGCCGUCAAAUUCGAUCUUGACCGUCAAGGGCCAGACCGUGCUCCUUCACCCAAUCAAAGACGAGUAUUACCAGAGCGACCCAACAUACACCAGAUCGUCCGAGUUCGCGCAGAAAAAGGGCCUCAUGGGAACGUAUCCAAAGGCAGAGAUUGUCAACAACAACUUGCCGCCGCUGGAGAGAGAGGGAAGAUCGAGAUCCAUUGUCGCAUAG